AUGGAGAUGCAGGAAACAUCAGAGCCAGGUUUUCCUGUUGCAAGAGUUGUUAGAACCCCAGCGUCGAGAGGAAAGACUGUAACCAAAGUGAAAAAAGAACCUGCUGAUCCUAAAGAGAAGAAUAAAUCAGGCACAAAGUCAAAAGCUGAUUUAAAAGACAAAAACGAAGAAAGCCAGAUAAUCAAUAUAAGCGACGUUUCACGCCCACUACAGUCUAGACGAGUACAGAUCCCUUCCCUGCAAGACGAAGACGACUCAGCGAUUGAAGCUAUGAAGAAACGCUUAGAAAAGCUGGUGGAACAUGCAAAAAAUCCACCUGCUGAGAAGGAAAAAAGGGGACGCAGCCUUGCACCGACCCAGGUUUCACCCUACCUUGGUAACUCAGUGGUGAGACGCAUCAUGGACCCAGCAGGUCCCCCUCCUGGGAGGUAUGAUCCUUUUGAAACGGUGGACAGUCGAAUACUGGAUAAUCUAACCCGCUACGUAGCUUUUGAAGCGGAAAAACAGUUGGAGAGUCCAUAUGCAGGAGGAGAAUUUUACCUGACACUAAUGACCCCUAAAGAAAGCUGGCCGAGAAAGGAGUAUGGGUGGUUGCAUGAUCAGCAUAUGUGCAAAGGAUUAGACAUGUUCCGGCAACGGUCUAUGUGGUAUCCAUCUCCUUACAAAGGGGGAAGAGUUGCUUUCAUUGAUCCUAUCUUUUGUCGAGAUUGGUGUGGCGACUAUCGAACCAAAUUUCUACCAAACGAGAAGAGUUGGAUAUUCAGUGAUGGUUAUUUGGACGUUGCCAACGGUCACUACGACCAUUACUUGCCUACACACAAGAAAUGGGGGACAGAUGUUGAUUUCGUGUAUAUCGCCCACAACGUGAACAACGAACAUUGGGUAGCCGUUGAGGUCGACAUUCCCAAAAAAAAUAUCCGAGUGUUUGAUUGCAUUCCAGAUUUAUACAGAAAAGGCGAGGUGGAGGAGUCUGUGAAGCCCUACGCGAGGAUGAUUCCGCUGUUGUUGAAACAUAUGGCACCACCGGAGCUCAAGAAGGGUAUGAAGGAGGGGCAGUUUCAUAUCUACAUGUAUAAAACAGCGGCACUAAACAGACAGACAGGUGAUUGUGGCGUCUUUACUUUGAAGACCAUCGAGUGUUUGGCUUUGUGCCAUAAAUGGGACCAGCUGAAAGAUAGCAACAUGCCUCUCAUUCGUAUGAAAUACGCAGCUGAGAUUUUUGAUGAGGUACAUGAAGCAGAAGAAUCCCGGAUGUCUGAUCCUAACCCUCGAAGUUUAUUUGAUGAUAAGUACGGUUUACAGACAGACUCCGCUAACUGA